UCUACUUCGUCUUCUCCUCUACUGACUUGCGUCGAUUCUGCAUUCUUAUCUCUUUAGCUGUUUGAGGAUCGAGCUAUGUCGGCUCUAAAGCGAGGUUGAUUCAAAGACUAUGUGAAUCCAGUUAUAUUAUCUCUAAUGGAGUGCCGUUUGGAGAAAAGUUUUACUUCUUCAAGUGCUAAACCUUUGCAAACUCAAGUAAAACAAUGCAUGGAGGCUCAGGCUGGUGGUGGUGUUGAACAUGAGCUUGUCAAGUAUAUGUCUAAGCUACCUGUUUUCUUGGAGAGAGCUGAAACCACCCCUCAGGAGAAGCUUUUGAGCGUUGGUGUUCUUGAUUGGAGCCGCUUAGAGAAGUGGCACCAUAGUCAUAACCGGAUGAACCAAUCAUUAUAUGCUUCAUUGGUUCUGCCUAGAGAUGAAUCUUCUGCUGGGACAAGCAAUGUGCAUAAAAGUAUUCCGUCUUGUCCAAGGAAACAUCGUAUCUCAACGAAAAAGAAACCUAAAGGCCAUAGAGGUUUCAGCGUACAAGAUGAGCAGUUUGCUCCAAAGACUGAGAAGAAGGAUGUAAUCUCUAAGGCUAAUAUUAGUAGAAGCAAGAAGAGUGAAAAGAAGUUGAGAGAAAGAAUCUCUAUAGAACAUGAUGAAGAAGUUGGUCAAAAGCAGCAAGGAGAAACCAAGUUCUAUCACUCAACUAAGAAGCUGUCCCUAGAAGAGGCUAAGACUUCCAAGAAGAGUUCAACUAAAAAGGUUCAGGUUGUUCACGGUGUUGAAGUCGUUUCAUCUGAGAAAGAUACAACAACGACAAGCCAUUUAAGAAGGUUUCUAGAACCUCUACUGAAGCCAAGAGCAACUCACUCUGCCAAUUUGGGAAUCACAGGUUGCAGAACAGUUAAUGUCAAUGAUUCAGCUCACGAGAAGAAGGUGGUUCGAGCUGUUCUGCAGGUAACAGUUAGGAACAAUCAGCCACUCUUUAUAUUUACAGUGAAUAAAGAAACAAACAUUAUUGCGGCCACACAAAAGAAAAUAGGAAGUGAGUGUAUAAGUGUUUAUACUUUCUUCUCUAUUAAAGACCAUAAGAGAAAGAGUUCAUGGUUAAGCCAAAGAGGUAGAGGACAAACACAUGGUAUCAUCAUCUCUAAUGUUGUUGCUCAGAUGCGUGUCUCGAGCACUUUACCAUCUGGUUCCAUCAGAGAGUUUGUUCUCUUCUCUGUAGAACUUGAUCAGGAAAGCACUGAUCUGCAGUUGAGAAAUGAGCUAGCUGCGAUCAUCGUGAAGAUGCCAAGAUGGGUUAAGGAUCACAAUGCACUAGAUAAAGAGUGUGAAGAUCACAUCAAAGACAUUAGUGCUACGGUCAUACUUCAAAGUGGUGUUCAUAGUAUGCCUCAUAAAGGAGGCCCUUCCUCUUUGAUACAGAGAUGGAGAACAGGUGGGUCUUGUGAUUGUGAAGGUUGGGAUAUAGGCUGUAAUCUAAGGGUUCUUACAAAUCAGCAUAGCUUCUCCUUCAAGAAAUCAACAACAUCAAACCCAUUUGAGCUUUUCUUUCUGGGAGAACAAGCAGAAGAACAUCCAUUCUUGAGCUAUAAACCAAUAAAAGAAGGGAUCUAUUCAGUUGUAUAUGAUUCAUCUCUUUCACAACUACAAGCUUUCUCCAUAUGUAUGGCACUUGCUGAGAGUAGGAAAAUGUCAGAGUUCACCCUUGAACAUGAAAGCUCAUGUGAUGAACAUAAAAGCCAAAGCGGAAACCGUGUUAGUCCCGGACCAAGGUUCAAAACCUAAUGGCAAUACAGUUGGGUACUAAAAUCCCAUCCUGUUGGGCGGGCCUAGAGUUUAUAUUAUUACUUCAAACCCAAUUUUUUUACUUACAGGUAAGUGAACAGGUUAGUGUUAAGCCUAGUGUAAGACAGUUGCAGAGAAUAAGAAAGUAGCAAGAUCUCUCUUUAAAUUAGCUAGUUUAAUGGUGUAUCCAAAAGAUAAAUGAUCUUCCCAAAUCUUAUGUGUGAAUAUUUUAUAUAUAAUCCUCCCAUAUGUGUAUAAUGUUGGUCGACUUUCAAGCUGUGAAAAUCUUUGGUCCC